AUGAGGUAUUUCGGUGGAAAUAAAUUGUUAUGCGCAAAUGAGACGUUAACGGAAAUUAUCAGAUCACAAAGUUCAUGGAUCACAUUCCUGAAUUCGUUGAAUACAGCAAAUAUUAAUGACAAUCAGUCAAUUAAGCAAUUCAAAAAAUCGACUGGCUUAUCCGUUUUCUCACUAACAUCAAUACCCUAUAUUAAUGGGACAAAGGAGUUAUUUAACUUUAAGAUUCAGUUCAAAGUGGAAUUGAAAAGAGGGCAUGACGCUGAUAUUUUAAAUCUUCGUUAUGAGAAGAAGACUGGUGAAGAAAACCAUACACGUUCCAGACAUCAUCCAAAAUCCUUUGAUAUGAGUACAUACUUAAAUGCGAUUUCAGUUGGUUUCUCGAAGCCUGAGGCAGCUAUCAACAAUAUUAAUCUACUAGUGAUACAGUUUCCGAGAAAUGGGUGCAAUGCUUGUCUCCAAGAAGAGAAAUCAUUUGCUGGUGGCUCAAUACACAGCACGUCAAUUGUCACACGAGCAACAGAUGACAAAUUAUAUUCUCGUUGGAGUAUUUCACGCAAAGAAUAUCCUUGGGAUUACUAUCCUCCAUUUUUCCAAGGUGGUUGUUAUAUUUUAGGAGCUGAUUUGGUGCGUGAUGCGUCUAUCGCAAUGUCAUUUACACAGAAUCUUCGAUUUGAUGAUGUAUUUCUAGGCAUUGUCUUAGCUAGGCUAAACAAGUCUCUAACUUUACUUAAAGAGAUUCAAAAUCUAGCUGAUGGCAAUUCUAAUGCCGCAGAAAUGAUUAUUAUGGGAAGGUUAAAAGCCAACAAAUACUUUUUAAACAGAAACUAA